ACGCCCAUCUAUAGGUUAUCUGUUGUGUACGUACGUGUAUUCAUUCCCGGAUAUGAUAUGGACACAGUUGAUCAACUAACAAGAAGCCGCUUCUGUUCUUGAUGCUCAUACAGCUACAGUACAAUGGCUGAAGUCAAGAGUGGCUACAUGUAUAAAUGUGGCAAAUCUGUCAAGAGCUGGAAGAAGCGAUGGUUUGUCCUCAAGCCCAAUGGAUUCCUUUAUUACUACGAGGCUGAAGGAAAGUCAGAAAAGGGCAGGAUAGACGUCAUCGAUGCUCUCAGAGUGGCCCCCUGGCAGGAGGUGGGCAGUGCUGAGCGGAAGCUGCCCACGUGUGUGGUCGGGGGGAAUUCAUUUGCUAUAGUGACCGGAGAUCGGACGUACACCUGCUGCUGUGAGAAGGACGGGGAGAGCCUGGCAUGGAUAGGCGCUAUCGAAACAGCGAGAGCUGGUACAAACGAGAAAAAGUAUCCCCCGGCAACGUACGGAGAAGAAGCUCAAGUCAAACUCGAGGAUAAACUCACUUCCCCUCCCCCCUUCUACACGCCUACCUCUCCCGAACACAAGCAGCCACCUCUGGAAUCGAGUGAAUUUAUCCCUCCUAAUGGCCAGCCACCGUCGUGUACAAACACCCCCCCUCAAGGUAAUGCUCCAACUGCUCCUACGAUGCCUGAUCCUAGUCACUAUGCCAAUGCUCCCCCUCAAUAUACUGGCCCUACACAAAAUGGUCCACCACCGAACGCAGUGCCAAGUACGAAUCCCCAUGCUCAACAGUAUACCAGCCCACCUCCUGCGCAAUCCGGCCCCCCAAUGCCUGAUCCUGCUCGCUACGGUGGUACUAUGCCUAUCGGAUACACCCCACCUCCACCGUCGGGUGGACCUGGCUAUCAAGGUGCAUACAGCUAUCAAACUAGACCACCUCCUCCGAGGCCACAGCAACAGCCUCCGAGGCCGCAAUACAACCAACCUCCAAGGCCUCAAUACAACCAACCCCCAAGGCCGCAAUACAAUCGACCCCCUGGACCGCAGUAUCGACAGCCGCCCCCCAGACCUCAGAACUACCCUCCGAGGGCAGCGUACCAGAGCUACCCCCAGAGACCGCCCCCUCCACAGCAAUAUUACCGCCCCCCUCCACAGCAGUAUUAUCGCCCCCCUCAACCCAUUUGCCAGCAGCAGACAAACAAUACUGUGACUGUCAUCAAUAUACCUGCAGCACAGCCAAGAGUUGUGUAUCGCUAGUACUCUUAUGAUUACCCUAUAUAUUAAACUGACUGCUGUCAUAGACUAGUUGCUGUCAUUAAUGUGUGUGUUUGUAUGUCUUAAUGUGCACUACACUUAACGUUGUUAUUGUUACUGUUAUUUUUGCACUCCUAUUUUGCAUUUACUCAUUCAAGAAUUGUUAUAGCCUCGA